AUGUUUUGUGUAUAAAGCUUUUUUUUUUUUUUUGGUUUUGUUUUGUUCAAAUUUAAAUUUACAUUUUCACAGACUUUAACUUUGAUGUAAAAAUCUAGGAAUGGAAUGUGACCUUUGCUGUUAUGUCAUCAUUCUGCGACAUUUAAAGCAAAGUGAGGCAUGGCUGGAAGAUGGCGGGUUCACCGCAGGACAACAAGCACGUGGUUGUUGCGGAGCUACAGUUCACUGCUAAACAAUGAACAGUCUUUAAGUUUAAGUUUUGCGUACAUCUUGGAGCCACAUCCAGAUGCUUUUAGUUCCACUAUAAUGGUCGUAGAUGGAUGACAUCACAGCAAAGACUGUGUUCCAAUUUUAAAUAUUUAAAAUAAAUCAUAAAACAUUAUAAUUUUGGAAGAUUUAGCAUUUGGAUUUAACUUUUAAUUCCACAAGAAUAACUCACUUAUACGAAAAAUGUUCUUUGUAUAAACAAGAAAUUAGGGAAAAGAUAAGGAAAGUGAGUUUAAUGAAAAUAUUUUGUUGGAAAUUUUUUAACCAGGAUUUUACAUUUGACAGUGGGCCUAGUAUUGAAAAUGUGUGUUAAAAUGUGUUGGUGAUGAAAGACUUUAUCAGGUCAGAAUUCCACUUUAUUUCUCCAAACUGAGGUGGUUACAAGAGCUAUCUACAACAGGUAAGAUACUGUUAAACUUUUUCACCAAUUCACUCCAAAAUAUCUUAAAUGCCUCUUUAAUGCAUUAUUGCGCUGUUGAUUCAGAUGUUAACACUAAAAAAAAAAUUAAAAAAUGCAAUUUGUCUGAUUUAAGUUCAUUCACUUCUCUUGCUYUCAGCUCGUGUUUCUCCUGCAGUAGCAGCACUGUCACGUGACACGUCACGUGCUUAUGCGGAAGCUCCGCUGUGUUUACCUUUUGUUCCAUYAGCGAUAAAGCUUCACGCGCUUCUUUAGAACCCACAGCUCCUCCUGCAGUGGGUGUUUCAGCAGGUUAUGCCCCGCUGCGGUCACCCAUCGGCGGCAUGGCUUCUACAGGUCACCCCUCCAUCCAGGACACCACAGAGAAAGACAAGCUGCUGACUUCUGUCUCCAGCUACGGCUCCCAGGAUGUGCUCGGAGGCAGCGGCUCGUGUCCCAGCGGUCCGUCGGGCUUCCAGUCCCAGCCGCAGCUGAAGGAGGAGGAGGAGGAAGAGGAGGCUCUGAGAAGGAAGCUCAAGUACUUCUUCAUGAGUCCUUGUGACAAAUAUCACGCAAAGGGACGCAAGCCUUUCAAACUGGCUCUGCAGCUGCUCAAAAUCGUCGUCGUGACCGUUCAGCUGGUGCUGUUUGGACUGAGCAACCAGAUGGUGGUGACGUUCAAGGAGGAAAACACGGCAGCGUUCAAGCACCUGUUCCUGAAGGGUUACCAGGAGAACGCUCCUCAGGCUGUCCACACGCAGGCCGAGCUGUACAGCCGCAUUAACUUUGCUGUGGAGCAGUACUUGGCUCUGCCUCAGAUCGCUCUGGGUCAGUACGCGUACGUGAUGGGUGUCGGAGUGAACGGAAGUGCCCUCUCCCUCUGCCAGAGGUAUUAUAGGAGGGGCACCAUCGACCCCGUCAACGACACCUUCGACAUCGACCCACGGGUCGUUACAGCCUGCAUUGGUCUGAACCCACCAGCUCACAGUUUUGCUCCGAGAAAUGAUGACUACAAGAAUUUCACUCUCCAAUUUCACAAGCUGAUCAACGUCACUGUUGACUUCCAGCUGAAGGCCAUCAACAUUCAGACCGUUAUAAACAACGAAAUCCCCGACUGCUACACCUUCGCUAUCACUAUUGUCAUGGACAACAAGGCGCAUAGCGGCAAAGUUAAGAUCAGUCUGCAGAAUCAGGCCUCCAUAAAAGAGUGUAAAGACCCCAACGUGUCGGGUCAUGCUGAAAGUUACGCGCUGGAGUUCUUCGACGUGCUGGUGGCGUUCGUCUGCCUGCUGUCGUUGUUGCUCUGCGGCCGCUCCAUCCUCAGAGGAAUCCUUCUGCAGAACGAAUAUGUGCAGUUUUUCUGUCACAAACUUGGCCGCAGUGUCAGCUGGGACGACAGGAUGGAGUUCAUUAACGGAUGGUACAUCCURCUGAUCAUCAGCGACCUGUUCACCAUCAUCGGCAGCUUCAUCAAGAUUGGGAUAGAAUCCAAGACGUUGUCGUCCUAUGACGUUUGUGGGAUCCUGUUGGGAACUUCGACCCUGCUGGUGUGGGUGGGAGUCAUCCGCUACCUCAGUUUCUUUCAGAAAUACAAUAUUUUGAUUGUGACUCUGAGAGCAGCUUUUCCUAAUGUUAUCCGAUUCUGCUGCUGUGCGGCUGCUAUUUAUUUUGGUUACUGCUUCUGUGGAUGGAUUGUGCUUGGACCCUAUCAUACUAAGUUUCGCUCCCUGUCCAUGGUGUCAGAGUGCCUGUUUUCCCUCAUCAAUGGAGACGACAUGUUCGUAACGUUUGCUGAGAUGGAGCACAGCAGCCCUCUGGUGUGGAUCUUCAGCCAGGUCUACCUUUACACCUUCAUCUCCCUCUUUAUCUACAUGGUGCUGUCCCUCUUCAUCGCCCUGAUCACCGGAGCCUACGACACCAUCAUGGCCCAAACACAGGAGCAGGUCCGGAUGACCGACCUGCACGCGUUCAUCGCACAAUGCGCCGACACGCCCAGCUCCGGCAAGUUCCGUGGCCCUGAGGGGUCGUCAUGCUCCUUCCUCUGCUGCUGUGAGUGGUGAGGAAGACCAGGGCAUAAUGGAUUCACAACAAAAGGGAGUAAACAUGAGUGUCAGAGGAAGAYGCUCUUUUUUUUUCUUUCUUUCUUUGUCCUCUAUCUUCAAAGCACCACAUUUCCACUCCAGUGAUGGUUGACUGAAACUGCGCUCCUUUUCUCCAGUUGCUCAGCAGGGGCGAUAAACGCUCGGAGAGCCAACCGACUGACCUUGGACCACUUCGUCCUCCGGCGACCGCAUUUGAAUUUUGCAUUUGAAUUCGUGCUGGAGCAGUAGCUGCGCAGUCACAAGCCCAAUUGCCUGCUUCAGCUUUUGGACUGGAUGAAUAAUUUAUUGUCAGAACUUAAAUGGCUAGAUGCACAAUGCCAGUAAACAUUUAUCACUCAAGACCGGACACAAGGUCAACCAAGUCUGAAGGCAACUUUUCUUUUAAAUCAUUUAUUUUGUACAGAUUUUAUUUUUCCUCAUCAUUUCACUUCUUACAUGGCUGAAGGAAAAUUUUGCCUCUUUAUUUGUAAAWAUACUACAAAUUAUGGAUCUCAUAGUAGAAAAGGCACAAAAGGCAAGGUUCAUUUUCAAUUUUUUUACAUGUUUUAAAGCCAACCAACUUCUAGAUUCUUCUUYAGUUUUAAUGUCUCAGUGAAGGUAUUUACCAAAUCUAAAAUAAACUC